GCUCACAAGUACACAAGCUGUAUUUUAAGUGAUUAAAUUAUUCAGAUUAUAAUAUUUCAAGAUAAUGCCCCAUGAUAACUAACUUUGGACAUAACUGCCAAAGUAAAACUGUAUACAUGUAGACUGCCAGUGACUCACCCGCUAAAUAAAGCAUCCACGAAACUACAAACACUUCAAUAUAGCUGAGAACACAAGCCUCACAGCCUAUCAGGCUACCAAAGGAGAGAUUGGAUCAAGCUAGUGAUACGAGUCGUCUACUUGGGUAGCCACUUGGUAUCUUGAACUGAUAAAAGAUAGUUUGUUCCUCUUGGCCUAAAAGACAGCGAACGUAAGAGAUUUAUUUACCUUGCGUAGUCCAACAGUUUCCACGAAACAGCUGUAAGGUGAGAAACGAAAGUCUGUCGAGCAGCAGACCUCGAGUAAGCUACUCCACAGGCAAUCUUAUUUCCAAAUCCACGGUGAAGAACUGUAAAAGGAAUAGCAUGGCCAGUGAGAGCAUCAAGGACAGGGCCUGUACAAAUAUUUAUCGAGGUCUUGGACAGCAGCUACAUGAUGAAGACUUGUGUGACCUCAUUGUUGUGGUUGGAGAGAAGGAAUUCUCGUGCCAUGGUGUGGUGCUGGCCUCUGUGUCCGAGUUCUUCAGGGCUUCACUAAAGCCGUGUUGGCGAGAAGAUUCCAGUAGAAAAGUUGACAUCACCCACGAAGAUGUUUCUCCGGAGUCCUUCGGAUAUCUGUUGGACAUCCUGUACAGAGGAAAGGACGUCAUUAACAGCAAAACAGCAAAAGAUAUUCUCAGAAUGUCUGUCUAUUUACAGAUUAAGUUUCUAGAAGAGUACUGUGUGGAGUUUCUUCAGAAAAGUCUUCAACCCACGGUUUGCCUGGAAACUUGGCACUUUGCUCAGAGAUACGAUCUCGAUACCCUGGCCGAGAAGGCCUUCAAGAUGGCUGUUGACCACAUUUGUAAUGUAUGGCAACAGGAUGAAUUAUUGUCGUUGCCCAAGUCAAUGCUCCUCAUCCUUUUGUCUCUGCAGCAAAAGCUCAGCAUGGACGAUAUCUGUAAGACCAUUCUGCGCUGGGUGGAGGCGGAUCAAGAAAAAAGAGAAGUGCACCUGUUAGAGUUACUCCCCUUUGUUUCUUUUCCUCUUCUGAGUUCAGAUUAUCUAUGUGAACUACUCGAUUACCUCAACCACCCGUUCAAAGAGGCUAUGUUUGAAAAUAUCAGAGAAGGUCUUACUUUCCACUUAAGCAACGAUGCCACAAAGAAGCAAAGGAUCCUGGCCCGCCAGCCUGUGUAUUUAUGCUUAAAUCAAAUUCAAACCCGCAUUGUUAUGGUCGGAGGAUAUACAAAGGUCGACAUACCCACCACAGAUAAUUAUGUUUUCGACAUACAGCAAAGUGUCAUGAAGCUUUACAGGCUACAACCCUUACCAAAGAAUGUCGGACUGGACUUUGCCAGCUGCACGUGGUACAACGAGGUUUAUGUCAGUGGCGGUUCCCAACUCUCCGAGUUCUUCAGUGUUUAUAAACCAGGCGACAACAAGUGGGAGGUGCUGCCCUCUCUACCAGAUGGUGGUCGAGAAAAGCAUGCAAUGGCUGCCGUCAGUACCAACAUUUACGUCCUUGGUGGACUUGUAAAAAGCUCUACAGGUGAGAAGACAACUUCUUCUAGUGUCUGUAGAUACAACACACGCAGCAAAGAGUGGAAAAUCUUUUGCCACCUGACCUCAGGUGUUCAGGAAGCAGCAGCCGCUGCCUUAGGUCACAGAAUUUAUCUGUUUGGAGGGGUAUCUACAACAGGAGAAAUCUCGGAUGUCGUUCAGUGCGUGGACACCAUGAGUGGUUGCACCUACCAAGCCGGCAAACUUCCGUCGCCUACACACGGGGCGCGUGCACUGAGCAAUAGAGGACGUAUUUACGUCGUGACACCUAAAGGAGAGUUGUUGUCUAUGUGGGAGAGCUUUCUGUUGGCUGAAAACAUUGAAAAAAAAUUGUCUGAGAGGAAAGCAAAGAAAGAAAGCGAAGACCACUCUUCUGAGAUGGCGAGAUCAACAGUCAGCUUUAAGAAAGUCGGCAACUGCACAGGUAGACGAGAUUACAGUACCUGCCUACAUGGAGGGAACAUCUAUGUGUGUGGUGGGGUAGCAAGAGACGGACAACUGUUACAAACAAUUGAACAAAUCCGACUGGACGACGGUGCGAUGCUGAAGACAUAUUUGACUCUAACAGCUGGGGCGGCGAAAUUUGAUCUUCAUGUGUUGAAUGUUCCUAUGGAGUUCAUGAAAGAAGUUGUAAAGACCGAGGCUCCACCGGAACCCCCGAAGAGCUACUUAAUGCCUCAAGACAAAUUGAUCUUUCAACCAGGCCUGACGAGAGGGGGGGACAGGGGGGUCUGGUGUACCCGGGCCCGCGGCUGUCAAGGGGGCCCGGCCUUGAGGCCGAUGGAGAAACCCCAAGAAUCACACCUAAUGUCCCAAACCAGGCAAGUGACCUGCAGCAUACAUUACAGCCCUGAUGCUAUUUUUAAGGGAGUAAACGUUCACAAAUGACAAGGAACCACGAAUAAUUCUGCCGGCUGGCCCGUAUGUUGUCGUCCUCUCUUCUAAGAAAACGUCACUUUGGAAAUCGUUGACUAGCACGGGACAACCUCCUGGUGUAUCUUGGUCUAUCUUUAGAGGAAAUGACAGACGAAUCAGAGAACAAAAGCACAUAUAGAUAAUUCUUUUUCAGAUACCUGGCAAACCACGUUUCUCUGCUUUUUAAAAAUUUUAAAUGACAAGUGUUCAUUAGACCUUUGUGUGUGAUUAUUUUCUCUUAUCUAUAAAUCUGCUCAAUAUUUCAUAACAAAACACAGGCAUACAUAGAAAUCGAAAACGAAAGUAGCACAGGGAG